AUCAUGAUUGGAUUGGUACACAUUGGCUUUGGGGCUGUCUCCCUUGUCCUUUUACCUAACCAUACGGCUUUUGCUGCUCUUGGAGGUUAUCCAUUCUGGGCUGGACUAUUUUUCAUUGUUUCUGGAUCCCUGGCUGUGUCAGCUGAGAAACAUCUUAAUACAAGCCUGGUGAAAUGCAGUGUGGGAAUGAACAUCACAAGUUCUAUAAUGGCAUUAGUUGGCAUCGUGCUCUAUUUGACGGAGUUGUCCCUAAAUUCUGCUUUUAAAAAUUGUGGUCAUCUUAAUCAGGACAAAUAUUCUUGUGAGCGAAGCUACCAAAUAGGUACUGGUCUCGGAAUCCUCCUCUUCUUGUUCACCUCCCUGGAGUUCUGCAUUGCAGUUUCCACAACACAUUUUGGGUGCCUGGCCGUCUGCUGUAACAAUGAGAGGGCCAUAACUUUCAUGCAGUACACCAUCUAUCAUGGUGGUAUGAAUCCUGUUGAAGGCAACCCUGCUCCUCCAGCCACCAGUGCUGCACUUUCUUCCAAGGAAGAUGCUUGCUAA